CGCGCCUGCGUAGUGCGCACGCCUCAGGACCCGCGGGCGACUGCCUGUCCCAGCGUGAGCUCACCGGUCCCGCUCGAGCCAUGCAGUCGUGUGACCCCUGACCGGCCCAGAUCCCCCUCCGGAACCGCUCUGCCCCGGCGCCAGGUUCUGGUCCGGCCUUGAACCCAGCCCCGGCCCCCGCCCCCCAGCACUAGACCCCGGGCGCCCCGCUCUCCUGGCCAUGCGGCGGAAGCUGCUGCCGCUGGCCGGCCUCUACCUGGUGCAAGGCCUGCCCUACGGGCUGCAGUCUGGCCUGCUGCCCGUGCUGCUGCGGGCGCGAGGCCUUUCCCUGACGCGCGUGGGACUGGCCAAGGUGCUGUACCUGCCCUGGCUGUUUAAACUCGUGUGGGCCCCCCUGGUGGACACGCGGGGCUCCCUGAGGGCCUGGCUGAUGCUCAGCACGGCUGCGCUGGGCCUGGUGUGCGGGCUGCUGGCCGCCCUGCCACCCGCGGAAGCCGGCCCGGCUGGGCUGCCGGUCACUGUGGCGGGGCUGCUGCUGUUGCUGAACCUGGGUGCGGCUGUGCAGGAUGUGGCCCUGGACACGCUGGCCGUCCAGCUCUUGGAGCCAGCCGAGCUGGGGCCCGGUAACACAGUGCAGGUGGUCGCUUACAAGCUGGGGGCAGUGUUGGCAGGAGGGGGCCUGUUGGCCCUGGUACCCACGCUCUCCUGGCCCCUGCUCUUCCUGCUCCUGGCCGCUACCUAUUGGUUGGCUGCUGCCCUCGUCUGGGCAGCGCCGGCCCUGCAGCAACUGCCUGCGUCCGGGCCGCCCGAACCACCCCUCCGCAGCAUGCACCUUCUGCGGGACCUGCUGGCCAUGCCCGGUACUCUGUGGACGGCAGGCUUCGUGCUCACUUACAAACUGGGUGAGCAGGGUGCUAGCAGUUUGUUUCCGCUCUUCCUGCUGGACCACGGCAUCUCCACUCCAGAGCUGGGGCUGUGGAACGGUGUGGGCGCCGUGGUCUGCUCCAUUGUAGGCUCGUCCCUGGGUGGGGCCUUGCUGGCCAGGCACAGGCAACCACUGCCCCUGCUCAGGUCAGUGCUCUGGUUCCGUCUCGGGGGUCUGGCCUGCCAGACCACCCUGCUCUUCCACCUGGACACCCCAGGGGUCAGGUUGGGCCCCAGCACCGUCCUGAGAGGUGAGGGGCUGGCUGCGGGAGGGGAGGGGUCCUGUGUCCUGGGGCCCGCUGACCUUGGCCCUCCCAGGGGCAGCCCUGCUGAGCCUAUGUCUGCAGCACCUCCUGGGGGGCCUGGUCACAACCACCACGUUCACCCUGAUGAUGCGGUGCAGCCAGCUGGUGCCCCGGGCCCUGCAGGCCACACACUAUGGCCUCCUGGCCACGCUGGAGCUGCUGGGGAAGCUGUUCCUGGGCACGCUGGCUGGAGCCCUGGCAGACAGCCUGGGGCUGCCUCUCUGCUUUGCCUUCUUCCUGGCUCUCUCAGGCAUGCCCGUGCUGUACUUGAGCCUGGCCCCGGGCAGCCUGGCCUGAGCUGGGUGCCCACCGGCCUAAUAAAGCUGGGUGUGCCCGUGGCCUGGCUAGCUGGGCUGUGACACGGGCAAGGCUGUCCUCAGAAAAGA